AUGGCUGAUCUUCAAUACUACAACUACCCUGGAGUGGGAACCACCAAUCAGAAGCUGUACUCGUACAGUCAGGCGGUUCGAGUAGGAGACACAAUCCAUUGUUCUGGCCAAGGUGGAUGGGACCCUGAGCGCGAAGAGCAAGUGUUCCCAACCGAGAUCAACCAGCAAAUCGACCAAGCAUUUAGAGCCGUGGAUCAUACUCUUAAACACGCUGGUGGCAAAGGAUGGUCGCAGGUCUUCCGUGUGAACUCUUAUCACUUACCGCUCAACAACGAAGCCCUUGCAGCAAUGACAAGAAAUUUCAAGAAAUGGAUGCCGGACCAUCAACCGAUCUGGACCUGCGUUGGGGUGACGCGACUCGGCGAGGACGACAUGCGUGUGGAAAUCGAGGUGCAGGCAUACGAUCCAGAAGGCGCAAAGGCAGCAAAAAACAAGACAUCAUAA